AUGGCGGCUGCUGAAAAGGGCUGGUGCUUGUGUGAGUUAUUGAGGUUUUUUUUUUCAUUAAUCUUCCCCUGGCUAUUUGUAUGUGGAACUUUGUGUGUGUGUUUACUUAUUAUUGUCCUUUGGAGGCUCCGACUGCUGCUACAGAGAAAGAAAAAAUCAGCGUCAUCUAGCAAAACUGGGACAUAUCAAACGGUGAUUGCAUUUUUCCAUCCAUACUGCAAUGCUGGCGGAGGAGGAGAAAGAGUGUUAUGGUGUGCCUUAAGGGCUCUACAGAAAAAGUAGUAUCCAGAAGCACUUUAUGUUGUUUAUACUGGUGAUGCUGAUGUCAGUGGCCAACAGAUACUGGAAGGCGCAUUCAGAAGAUUUAACAUCAGGUUAACUCGCCCAGUGAAGUUUGUUUUCUUAAGGAAGCGCUACCUUGUGGAAGAUUCACUCUAUCCUCAUUUCACACUGCUGGGCCAAAGUCUGGGAUCCAUUUUUCUGGGCUGGGAAGCUCUAAUGCAGUGUGUUCCCGAUGUUUACAUUGAUUCAAUGGGCUACGCUUUCACGCUUCCUCUGUUUAAGUACCUAGGUGGUUGCCGAGUUGGAAGCUAUGUUCAUUACCCCACCAUCAGCACUGACAUGCUCUCCAUCGUGAAGAAUCAGAAUGUGGGAUUUAACAACGCAGCCUUCAUUACCAGGAAUCCUUUUCUCAGCAAAGUAAAGCUCAUCUACUACUAUUUAUUUGCUUUUAUGUAUGGGCUUGUUGGUUCUUGCAGUGACAUCGUCAUGGUCAAUUCUUCUUGGACACUGAACCAUAUUCUCUCACUGUGGAAGGUUGGGAACUGCACUAAUAUUGUUUAUCCACCUUGUGAUGUGCAAACAUUCUUGGAUCUUCCCUUACAUGAAGAGAAGGCAACCUCAGAACACUUAGUGGUUUCGAUUGGCCAGUUCAGGCCUGAAAAGAACCAUCCUUUGCAGAUCAGAGCCUUUGCUAAAUUGUUGAAUAAGAAGGAGAGUGAAUCUCUUCCUCCACUUAAACUUGUGCUCAUUGGAGGUUGUCGUAACCAAGAUGAUGAACUCAGGGUAAACCAACUGAGAAGGCUUGCUGAGGACCUUGGAGUUCAAGAAGAUGUGGAAUUUAAAAUAAACAUUCCGUUUGAUGAGUUAAAGAAUUACUUGUCUGAAGCAACAGUCGGUCUGCAUACCAUGUGGAACGAGCAUUUUGGGAUUGGAAUUGUUGAGUGUAUGGCAGCCGGCACGAUUGUCCUCGCACACGAUUCGGGGGUCCCGAAGCUCGACAUUGUCGUUCCUCACCACGGCGAGAGGACUGGGUUCCUGGCUGAAAGUGAAGAGGGCUAUGCUGAAACUAUGGCCCAUAUUCUUUCCAUGUCUGCAGAACAGAGGCUCCAAAUCAGAAACAAUGCCCGUGCGUCCGUAAGCAGAUUCUCCGAUCAGGAGUUUGAAGUGGCAUUCCUAUCGUCUGUGGAACGAUUAUUCCAAAAAUGCCACACCUGUACAAAUUAA